AUGAUGAAGUCACUUGAAAAAUUCCGCCGAGUGGCAAAAUCACGUGACAUUAGCGAAUUUGUGAAAAACAACAAUGAUAAUAGAAGCUCAUUGGAGAGUGAUUAUCAACACAAAUUUAACAAACCUUGUAUUGAAAGAAACUAUGAAAUAAACGAAAAUCAUGAAGCCGGAGAAGAAGGUGGCCCAAAGAAGAGUUAG